UCUACCUACCUGUUGAUGGUGAGGGAUGGUGUGAUCUUCCUGUGUGGAAUCCCGGGAAUACAGAGGAUGGGGACAUCUCUCUGGUGGGUUCCCAUGACUGGUGAAUCCGUUGUUUCUAUGUGUUUAUCAGAUGAUGGGGGAUCUAGGUGGACCCUCCGAACUGCUCUCUCCUUUGCAAUGAAGUCUCUUCUCACCGACUUUUUCUCCCUAAUGACCCCUUUGUAUAGAUAUUGUCACCCAGCGAUGUGAAGGUCUACAGACUAUCACUCAUCUCUCUGGUGGGUUCCC